AUGCCGCUCCAAAGUCAGCGUACUAGGAAGAUCAAGAAAGAUGGAAGGAAACGAACGUCGUCAACAGUUUCCAACUCCACCGGAUCCGCGCAGGGUCCCGUUGACAACUCCAAAUCGACCGACAAAGCUCCAUCGCCAGCAAAUGGGUCUAAACCGGCCCUGAAACCGCAGGCGGUUUCAGAGAAGCCCGAGCCGGCGAAGCCAAUGCCUAAUGUGUUCGAAUUUCUCGAUGAGAACGAUGACUCCUCCGAUGACUCUGAUAGCGAUAGUGAUGUCUCAAACCUCCCGCACCAGGCACAGGCUCUUGCUAAGAUCCAAUCACCCAAACCGCGGACGAGUCCCGUACCGCCGGGGACUUUGAUAUCUGGGGACAACGCCCCUCGGAAGUCCCCUGUAUAUGCGUCGAGUUCUAGAAGCUCAAGCGACUCGCGCUCCUCAACAUCGCCAGCGGCGUCAUCGGGGAACCAGUUGCAAAUUGCGCGGAAGCAACUCACCACCCAGAAACCCUCGACCCUAGGGUCGUACGGCGCAAACCAAUCUACGGACAUCUCCGCUACAGGGAAACGUCAAUUAGAAUUGUCUCGACCAGAGACCCACUACGGGUCCUCCCGAGAUGCUGCUUCUCUCCACAGGCCACCACUGCCGCCGUCUCCUCCAAGCAGCCCCGAAGACAGUCUCCAUCGCAGCACGCCGACGAAGAGAAGGAGCUCGAGUGCCGCGCAGGUGUCCUCGGGCUAUGGAUUCCUCGCAUCCCAUCUCACCCGCCCUAUCGAGGAGAAGGACGGGUUCCCUCCACUUUACCGACGCUUCGAGAACGCCAAUCACCGUGUGUUACUGCAUCUCCAAGAUGAAAUCUCCCAAAUGGAAGAAGACCUGCACACCCUGGACGAGUACGAGGAGAUGCAUCGCAUUGCCACAGCGGAGCAAGAAGGCACCAAGCCCAUGCCUGCGUCUCGACGGGUCGACGCCCAGUCCCAGGUAUAUUCGUCGCUACAUUAUCGGCGCAUGGAUCUGAUGGCUGCUUUGACUCAUAAAACCGAACAAUACAACAACGCCCUUAGCGCCUACAGCAAAGUCCUCCAGACUCUUCCCCGCGCUUCUGAAAAAGACAUCACUAGCUAUCGCGCCUGGAUGAAAGAGCACAACCCUGUUGCGGCUGCCGAAACCCGGUUUUUAGACCACGACGCCGACCUCGUCUCUCUUACUCCGCGACUGGCCGCCUCUGCCGCAGCUGCGCCCGUCUACAUGGCCAUCAUCAUUGCAUCUGGCGCGCUACUACUACCCCUUCUGGCAUUCAGCAUGAUCUCAGAGUUCUCAGGCAGACUUGUUGUCGUGACAGUCGUGGGCGGUGCAGCUGCUGCCAUAGCGGCCAAUUACUCUGCCGGCAUUGAUACCCUCGUAGAUUCAAGGGACGGUUGGCGCUGCGCGACAAUAUACUUCGGCUUCAUGACCAUUUCCGCCAUGUUCAUUCCCUAA